AUGACGGCUGCUGUUCCCAAGCUCGUGCGCGCCUCCAGCUCGAACCGCACGAACGGAGUGACGAAUCCCUCCUCGAGCUAUCGUGAUUGGCGCAACAGACAGGCAUUGAGGCGCAAUCCAAGUUCGAGAUCAUCUGCAACAUCGUCAGCAGCUCCCUCGCGGGAAGAAGUGGCUCCUUCGUACCCACGAAGAGGGUAUGUGGACUCUAUGGACCCAGACAUUCACUCGGAUGGUCGUGAUCGAUACAAUCAUUUUGAUGAUUGGAGCUCUGACGAUGAGGAAACACAGCACCCAGGGCCGAGACCUGCAGCCACGGCACCGAAGAUCGACACCUCGAUUGCUAACCCUCCAUUGCCCUCCACUCUCCCCAGUGUUCCGUCCCUGAUCUCUCCAGCGCCACCACCACCCGACGCUCUGGACUCAUCCACCGUCCAUGAUAGAAAGGGUUGGCAGAGCUUCCUGGCGUCUGUCCUAGGUGGUGACGUCUUGCAAGGAGAGUCCGUCAGGAUUGGAGAGGAACGAGGUGUCGAUGAAGCUUUCCGUCAGGAUCUGGGAAGAAGUCUAUGGUGGCAGAUCCGCGCCAAGCUCCGGAGGAGAACGGAAGAAGACGAGAGGAGACGGACCCAGGAACGUCGGUCUAGACUCGAAGACCGCGUACUGGAAGAAAUCGACUCUUUCGUCGUCAAAUCUGGCUCUGAAGCGUCGACUGUGGAUCCUACAGCCGAUGAAAGGACACAAGAGAGCGAGAUUGGAGCUCUCGAUCAAGUCAACUAUGCACUGCAAAAGCUCAGCCUAAUCGAAUCUUUGUAUCCAAACACCCAUGCUUUCCGCGAGGCCAAAGCUCUCUAUCGAGCAGACCACUUUCAGGCCAAAGUAGAAGUCAUCACGUCGUGGUCGACCAUCGUCACUGCCUUGCAGGCACAGCUCGCCAUCUUACAGAAGUGGACCGGAACAGAUGAUCUCGACGUCACUCGGCCCAAUACGACCAAAGAAAAGGCCCUGGUCGGUAAGAGCAGGUACCAUCCCUCGGAUGGCCAAACGACGACAGCUGCCGGAGAUCAGGCUGCCGACGAUUCGACAUUUCUUGAACGUAUCAUGAAAGAGGACAGCCUGAAGCGAACAUUCAGCAAGCGUAUCUUCCGCGACCUCGACAGUCUAGUUCUCAACGCCAAAGAAACGGUCAUCCUGCAUUCUGACAUGUUUGAAGCUGUCCACCUCCCCGAUUUUACCUACGAACUCGUUCGUCUCAUAAGCUUCCCCUGCAAGCUCAUCAUUGAGAUCCUCAAGGUCCGACUCGAUGCGGCAAAAAAACUUAGCGAUCCCAAUCUGAUGGUGAUUGACGACAUGAUCGACAGCUUUAGGUCCAUUCUCGAGAUUGCAGUGGACAACAGGAGUCAAUACGAUGAUCUCACUGCACCGGAUGAGGCAAAACGAUGGAAGAUCCCAGCAUGUCUACCGCCAGAGUACGAUCAAGUUCUGCUUGAUGGUCUGAGGACAUUUUUCCGUCUCUUGCAAUUCAAGCUGCGCAAACACGAUCAUCGAAUGGCUCUCCUGGAAGUUGAGGUGCUUGAGAUGCACCUCGAGUUCCUGCAUACGAUCGCUCAAUCCAUACCAGGCGGGGACCUGGUCGUCGUGGAAAGCUUUUGCUCGCUCACCAAUCGCUUACUUGGUAGGACGUGCCACUCGUUCGAACGUCAACUUCACAUUCCUGCUCCAAUCACCGACAUUCAUUCUCAGAGAGCUGUCACCGACCUGCGCAUGCAGCGCAAUCCUAUCACCGCAGAAGAGCGCAAGAUCAUGAGCCCCGGAGCCAUGUUGAGCUGGUACAGCAAGAUGCUCGAUGCUGUCCGUAUGCGUUAUCGUAAACUUCAGCGGUUUGCUCGAAAACUUGCCACUCGUUACGAUAACUCUGCCGACUACUCUCUCGAGCCCGAAGAUGUGAUCGACUUUUUCGACGUCAUGCAGGAGACUGGACACAUUCUUAUUCACUCCGCUGAGAUUCCGCAAGGAACGUAUAUACUUGCGGAUGGCUUCCUGAAGAACGAACCUGAGCAAGUCAAGCUCUUGCUUCAGAGAUCAUUUCUCUUCAGUGAUUCACAUCGGGUUAUCUCUCGUCGUCCCUCGGAUAACGCCGGUCUCGAACACGAAGACGCCGCAGAAGAGGACGCGCUCGACUUGGCGAGAUACCUCUUGGUCGUUUCGACUAUGCAGCCGUUCAUGUGGACUGGAGUGGUCAUGGUCUUCCAGGACAAAUUUGAAUAUACCGACCUAGAAGUCGAACAAGACCGUAUCCGCCUCAUUGCGGACGGACCUGCGCAGCGACUAUCCCUUUGCAAGAGAGUCUUCAUGGACGCCCUGAGCGACGAAGACGACGAGCCAUUGUUUGGGAUCGACUGCCUAGUAGAGGCUCGUGCGCACCUGCCACGGAUACAGCGGCAGCUGGAGAAGAUCGCUAAAUCGAGUUAUCAUCUCAGCGAGCUCUUCAUCGAGUCAGCAGUCCAUGUGCGUGAAAAGUUGGGCAACGCCGCAGAUUCCCAAGACAUGAUGGAGAGCUGGUUCCAGUUCGCUUCUGAACACGGUAUACGACACGCCAGUCAUGCUGAGCCUGUCAUGCGCGCUCAGUUUGUUCGGCUACUUAUGCGUUUGGCUAUCGCAUGGUGCUCAUUCAUUUGCGACAGCUGUGAUCCAACACAGCGCAAGACAUUUCGGUGGACUGUUAUGGCGCUACGAACGACCUUCUCUGUGACGGAUGGCGACAAUAUCCUUCAACUGGAUAGAGAAGAAUUCGAACUGCUGAAAAAGUCUGUCGCGGCUCUCAUCUCGCUGUUAAUAUCCCAUUUCGACAUUCUAGGUGCAAGGGGUACAAUGGAGGCAAAACGCGAAUCCGAAAAGGCCGAAGCGAUGAGACGGAUCCAACGAGCUUCAGAGAGUAUUGAAGAUUUGAUCGUCCCGCGGGGAUCAUCGCCUUCGGGCGAACGACUCACAGAGCGCAGUCUGCGUCUGACUCAAGAGGACCGAUUGCGAUUGAUCGCGGAGCUUGAAGCAGCCCGUGAAGGUAUGAAAGGCGAACAGCAUCUUGUAGGACAAGUUUUGGACGAGCAAGUUUCCGAAGACCGGGCUUUGGUAUUCCUCGCCACGUCAAAAUCCAACAUUGCUUUACGUUGGCAGCAGGGGCAAUACAUCGGUGGAGGAGCCAAUGGAAGCGUCUACAUCGGAUUCAAUCUCGAUUCGGGAGCUGUCAUGGCCGUCAAGGAGAUUCGUGUACAGGAUUUCAGUAAUUCCCCCGUACUGUACAAGCAAAUCAAGGACGAAAGCGACGUGAUGUCCAUGCUCAAUCACGCCAAUAUCGUGGAGUACUAUGGCAUCGAAGUACAUCGAGACAGGGUUUUCAUCUUCCAGGAGUACUGUGAAGAUGGCAGUCUUGCCGACCAACUUGCUCACGGACGCAUCGACUCAGAGGAGAUCAUUAUCUGGUACGCUUACCAGAUGCUGCAAGGUCUUCAAUACCUCCACGGAAAGGGAAUCGAACAUCGUGAUGUCAAGCCGGAGAAUAUCCUUAUGACACGGACCGCGCUCAAGUUUGUCGACUUUGGGGCCGCCAAAGUCGUUGUCAAGGGAAAUCGCACAAUGGCAAAGACGCGUGCACUUAAGACAAAAGCGCCCGGCGAUGGUCCAGGAGUGAUGAAUUCCUUCGCUGGUACUCCAAUGUACAUGGCACCAGAGGUCAUCCGUGCCACAGAGCGCGCCGGCAAGCUCGGUUCGGCCGAUAUCUGGUCUACAGGGUGUGUGUUGCUUGAAUUGGCGACAGGCCGAAAGCCCUGGAGUAAUUUGGACAAUGAAUGGGCAAUCAUGUUCCAUAUUGGCAUUGCUACACAACAUCCGCCUCUCCCUGAACGUGGUGAACUAUCAGACGCGGGUAUAUCAUUCAUCGAGCGAUGUCUCAUGUUGGAUGCGUCCGAACGACCUACUGCUUCAGAGCUUUUGGAGGACCCUUGGCUUCAACCGGUCUACGACCAAUUUGAGCAGGAGCAAGAAGCCAUGGAUGGCAUCUCGGCAACCGUUCCUAGUGGCACCUCGACAAUGGUCGAUGAACCUACAGCCAACGAGAUGUACGUCAAGCACCUCGCGCACAUCGCAGAAAUGGCAGAAGAGGGCAGCAAUACACCUGGAGACGUUAUGACUCCUUUCUCUGUAACUCCAGAUACGACGUCUCCACCUCCCCCCGAGACUGAUCCUGAACCGUGA